AUGAAACGAACAAAUCAGGUAUCUCUUUUGGGUUUUUUUUGUAAGAAAGAGAGUCCAAAGCCCAAUGAACUUUUGUCAAUUGAAGAAGUAGGAAUAAAUAGAGCGGGGCCAUCCACAGAUACUGAUGACGAUGAAGUGAAGAAAGCCAGGAUCGAUUUGUGUUCGGCUCCGUCCGCAGCCGCAGCCAGGACGGGUUAUGAUAUUGGGAAAUACGUAUGUCAUCCUCCAAGCAAUGACGAGGAAAAGCUGAGAGCAUUAAAAGAGCCUUGGAUUCCUCCGGACACAUUUAAAUUUCCAGUCACUGACACCGGUAAAAAGAAACUUUCUUUUCAACGCCAUUGGACUAACAGGUACUCAUGGCUUGUAUAUUCAAACCUCAUGCAGGGAGCACUUUGCAAAGUAUGUGUUCUACUUGGAAAAACGCAAGGUGGUCGUGGUCAUCAAGAACUUGGAGCCUUUGUUAGUAAGCCAUUUAUUAACUGGAAGAAAGCUUUAGAGAGCUUUGAUCACCAUGCAGAUACGAAGUAUCACAAAUUUGCUGUUGAGCAGGCAGCAAAUUUUGCAAGGAUCAUGGAAGGAAAAACGCUUGAUGUUACAGAAUGCUUAAAUGUAGAAAACAAUAAAAUUGCCGAAGAGAACAGAAAAAGAUUAAAAGCCAUUGUUGAAACAAUUAUUCUUUGCGGAAGGCAAGCAAUAGCACUAAGAGGAAGUCAUGAUUCUGGAGAAAUUGGGAUAAAUGAGCCUGAACAUAAUGAUGCUCAAGCUUUGGCAACGACUAUUAUAUCACAUCUUUUAUCAUAUAACUUGGAUAUGGAUAAAUGGAUUGGUCAAGGCUAUGAUGGCGCUGCAGUGAUGAGCGGCCGGUUACGGGGCGUAAGAACAAUAAUCUCAGAGCAAUACCCGAAGGCGCAAUUCGUACACUGUGUUGCUCAUGUUCUUAACUUAGUUUUAGCGCAUUCAUGUGAGAUACCAAUGAUACGUAACUGUAUCGGAACCAUUAAGAGCGUAAUAAACUUUUUUCGCCAAUCACCGCUUCGCGACGGACUUUUGAAGAAAAUUGCGGAUCAAAUUAACUCAUCUCAUUCAACGCUUAUCUCUCUUUGUGAGACAAGAUGGACCGAGAAACACGUGGCUGUCGAAAGAUUUGCAGAAAUGGUUCCCGUUAUACGCGAAACACUUGGGGCACUUCAAGAUGCUGCAAGCAGCGACGUCGCUACUCAAGCAUACCAUCUUCAAACCGCUAUGGAUAACAGCCAGUUUAUUGUUUCUUUAGUUAUACUGAGAAAAGUUUUUUCAUAUACAGCAAACCUUAACAAAGCAAUGCAGAAAGUCAAUGUCGAUUUGACCAACAUUUGCGAAUAUACAAAAACGGUAAAAAUACUAAAUGUUCGGAACGAAAGUCAGUUUGCAAUCCUUUUUGAGCAAGCGCAGCAGAUGAGUUCAGGCGAUAUAGUCGUGCCAAGAAUAACUGGAAGGCAAACCCUGCGCAAUAAUAUUGCAGCAGAAACUGCCGAAAUAUACUACCGACGAAAUGUGUUUUACCCUUUCAUUGAUCAUGUUAUUGCAGAACUCGACGCUCGUUUUAAACCACAUGAAUCGACGAUCGAAGGAAUUCAAAUGCUGUUACCUGAAAAAACUAGUAAUGACUCCAGGAUAAAAGAAAAUCUUGAAAAAAUUGCACAAACAUUUCUUGGUGGAGAAAAUGAAGGCACAAUAUUUCUGAGUGAAUAUGAGAUAUGGCACAAUCACUGGAAAUCUGUAGCACAAAAACCUGCAACUGUGCUUGACGCUAUCGAUAACUGCGAUGAUCAGUCCUUCCCUUCAAUAAAAAAGCUUCUAAUUAUCUUAGCCACACUCCCAGUGUCCACUGCAACCCCUGAAAGAUCUUUCUCUACCUUAAAGAGGUUAAAAACUUACCUAAGAAAUAAAAUGGGCGAUGAAAGACUUACUGGUCUGGCUUUAAUGAGCGUACGCCGAGAUCUGGCGGUGCAACUAGAUUCCGAAGAAAUUAUCAAUCAGUUAGCAAUAAAACGUAAAAGACUAAAUUUAUUAUUUUAA